AUGCUGCGGCAGGUGGCGAACCCCAUCACCGACCCCUACCUCUUCCUUCAGCUGGCCUUCACCGCCACCUUCUUCGCCGGCCUCUUCCAAGCGUCUCUCGGGAUAUUAAGGUUGGGAUUCAUCAUCGACUUCCUGUCCAAAGCUACGUUGGUCGGGUUCAUGGCCGGAUCUGCCAUCAUAGUCUCUCUCCAGCAGCUCAGAAACCUCCUGGGGAUCGUCCAUUUCACCAAGAAGAUGGGCGUGGUUCCGGUGAUGAGCUCUGUCUUCCACAACACCAAUGAGUGGUCAUGGCAAACGGCAGCGAUGGGGAUCUGCUUCCUGGCCUUCCUGCUUCUGGCGAGACACGUGGGCAUGAGAAGGCCAAAGCUGUACUGGAUCUCAGUUGGAGCUCCACUGGCUUCCGUCAUCGUCUCCACACUCGUAGUCUUCCUGCUCAAAGCUCAGAAUCAUGGAAUCAGCACUAUCGGGAAGCUGAGAUGUGGCCUGAAUCGUCCAUCGUGGGACAAAUUACUGUUCGACGGUACCCACUUGAGCGCCACCAUGAAAACUGGGCUCGUUACAGGGAUCAUCUCCCUCGCUGAAGGAAUCGCGAGUGGAAGAACCUUUGCUUCGUUGAGGAGCUACAAGGUCGACGGGAACAAGGAGAUGAUGGCCAUCGGACUGAUGAACAUCGUGGGUUCUUGCGCCUCCUGCUACGUCUCCACGGGCGCCUUCUCCCGCUCGGCUGUGAACCACAACGCAGGGUGCAAGACGGCCAUGUCGAACGUGGUGAUGGCGACGACGGUGAUGGUGACGCUCCUCCUCCUCAUGCCCCUGUUCGCCUACACUCCAAACGUCGUGCUCGCCGCCAUCAUAAUCGCAGCAGUCGUCGGCCUGGUCGACGUCGCCGCCGCAUGCAACAUAUGGAAGCUGGAUAAGGUCGACUUCCUUGUCUGCUUGUCUUCGUUCCUCGGCGUCGUCUUCGUCUCGGUGCAACAGGGCCUUGCGAUCGCGAUUGGUUUGUCGACAUUUAGGAUCCUUCUCCAGAUCACAAGACCAAAGAUGAUUGCCGUAGGUAACAUUCCAGGGACGAGUAUCUACAGAGACAUGCAUCAGUACAAGGAAGCUAAAGGAGUCCCUGGGUUCCUCAUUCUUGCCAUUGAAGCCCCCAUUAACUUCUCCAACACCACUUAUCUGAACGAAAGGAUAACAAGGUGGAUAGAGAAUGAAACCAAUGAAACCACCAUGGAAGAUAAAGAAGCUAGUCUUCGGUUUCUAAUCCUAGAUUUGUCAGCUGUGCCAACAGUGGAUACCAGUGGAAUCACAUUUCUAAAUGAGUUAAAGAAGUCAACAGAGAAAGAUGGCCUUGAGCUUAUCUUUGUGAAUCCAAUGGGAGAAGUCAUGGAGAAACUUCAAAGAGCAAAUAAAAUACAUGAGUUUCUUGGAGUGGGUUCCCUUUACCUGACAAUAGGGGAGGCAGUGAUCUCACUUUCUCCAUUCAUCAAGGAGUCUGCUUAAGACAAACUGGGGCAUGAAGUUUUAUCCUACACUAUGCAUCCAAGAGCAUUACAAUUUGAGCUUCUUUGAGCUGAUGAAUUUGUGAUGUUGACAUAUUGCAUCAGUCAAAUAUUUCAUAGAACUUGUCAUUUCUUUAUGUGGGUGGCCUUGAUGUUUUCAGUUACAAAGUCUCUGCUCUGCUUUUUUACAAGCAUCCAUAAGAUAAAGCCA